CUGCAAUUAACAAACAAUCUGCAAACAAGUAAUUGUUUAAUUAUAAUUGAGAAUUAAAAAUUAUUUUCAAAUUUAAAUCGAAAAGUAAGGAACUGUGAUUAACCUAUGGUGAACUUCUUUUAAAAUUACUCAGUAACAAUUUUUGCCGAUCCCCGACUUAGAUAUCCUGAUUUGGAGGAAUUUUUUCAUACGUGUAGAUGACGUAGCUUCGCGCAUGCGCGUGGAACCAAUGUUGUCAAGCAUGUCAACGUCGGCAAGUUGAUCCGUACGAUAACUGCAUUGUCCUUCAACAUCUCCGAGAAAAUUCUCAAAGAAUUAACAGAAGAUGUGCGUUUAAACAAUCUAAUCUCAUUGCCAUGCAUCUAAGAAUAAUUUUCCAGCAAAAUAAGUCCUCAAGUUUGAUAAAUUCCUGGUGAAUUUCUAUCCAAGAGCAUCACAUCGCCUGAGAUUUAAGAAUAGUUUAAAAAUGCACCGACCCUCGUGGACGCUGAUAUUCUCCGGUGUUUUUUUGGGUUACAUCGCCUACGCAAUUUACAGCAUUUCUCUACUAUUUGUACCACCCCCAUGUGAAGCAGGAAAACUGUGCCUGAAGUCCUACCUCAAUUACAAACCUAAACUUCAGGUUCAUUUAUUCGCUUCGCCGAGUGCUAAACCCGCUCGCCACGAAGUUUAUAGGAUACAUUCAGAGCUGGAGUUUGAUUACAAUGUACCUAAGGAAAUGCCAAUCAGCUUGCAGAUUCCACCGAAAACUCGGCAAAAUGGGACUUCAUUCCUUCACAUCAUUGUUCUUCCAAAAGUGACUGAGAAUAAACAACAGGAUUAUUCCUUUGUCAAUUUACAAACGGACCCAUAUGCAGUGAUGACGAGAAUAAAACUCACUCAGUUCGCAGUACCAGAAGCAGAAACCUUCAACCUCCUCGGUGAUAAAUCGACAAAAUCUAAAGGAUCUUCAAAGAACCGAGCGAAACCAGUCUCCCACUUGAGAAGUCGUGUUACAUUUACUAUGGUGACUGACGCUGAGGAACUUCCUGCACAUAAAGUUCCGCAUGAACUCUCGCAGAGCCUCAGGAUCACUCGAGAGGGUGUAUUCCUGCCAAUAAUCAAUUACGAUUUCCUCCAAACGAGACAUCGAGACCUCGUGCAGAUCAAACCUGACGAUCAUAUCAUGAAUCUCACAGUUUCUUAUGCUCCAACGACGAUGGGGAUGUUGAGACUCUUGCUCCAGGUGAAAGCAACCAUGGAGAACAUGAAAUCACUUGGGUUCUCUGAUAGAGAUGUCGAUGAAGUUAAGGGGAUUUACGCGGACACGAAUUUUUAUUUGUUGGCUGGAACGAUUUUCAUCGCCUCCAUGCACCUGUUAUUCGAUUUCUUGGCGUUCAAAAACGACAUCAGCUUCUGGAAGAGUAGAGGAAGUUUCGAAGGUCUAAGUGUUACGACUGUGAUUUGGCGAGGAUUCAGUCAGACAAUCGUCUUCCUUUAUUUGUUGGAUGAAGGCUCUUCGCUCCUUGUGUUGAUCCCCUCCGGAAUUGGAACUUUAAUUGAGAUUUGGAAAAUAAAAAAAGUUCUGAGACUUCAAUUUACAAACAGUGGUGGGACAAUUCCAAAAUUAACGUGGAAGAAGGAUAAAAAGAAUGAGAAUGAAGAGAACAAAACUCGUCAAUUCGAUGCUGAGAGCAUGAGAUACUUAUCGUAUCUAUUGUAUCCAUUAGUUAUUGGUGGAGCUGUUUAUUCAUUGUUGUACCAGCCACACAAAAGCUGGUACUCCUGGACAAUAAAUUCUCUAGUGAAUGGAGUCUACGCCUUCGGAUUCCUCUUCAUGCUGCCACAAUUAUUCGUCAAUUACAAACUGAAAUCAGUAGCGCACUUACCAUGGCGUGCAUUCAUGUACAAAGCCUUCAAUACUUUCAUCGACGACGUUUUUGCAUUCAUUAUAACGAUGCCAACGUCACACAGGGUAGCUUGUUUCCGCGAUGAUAUUAUCUUCCUCAUUUACUUGUAUCAACGAUGGCUUUAUCCAGUGGAUAAAUCUCGUAUGGACACCACAACGAUCGUCGAAGAGCCAACGAUGCCUUCAGGUCGUACCAAAAAGUCUGAUAAGAAGAAAGACUAAAAACCACCACAAGACUUGAUUUUAACCAUUCCGAUGUAGCUGUUUCAAACUGUUUUUAAUAUUUAUAUUGAAUUGUUUAAUAAAAACAAUGAGCAAUUUAAA